AUGACUAUAUAUAUCUGCAAAACUUUCAUCUCUUCAUAUCCCAACAAAACGCCAACUUCUUUUCUCUCUCUCCUCUUCUUCUCUUCCUCUCCAAAACCCACCAAUGCGGUGGCUGCUUACUUGAUUGAGAGACAAAAAUUUUCUCCUGAAACUGCUUCGAAAGUCUCUUCCUCUAUAAAAAGCCCCAAUCUGAAAAGCCCUGAAGAGACCGAUUCCAUUCUUUCAUUUCUCAAGGAAAGUGGUUUUUCUGAUACCCAUCUCGAGCGUGUCAUCAAACGCGCGCCUCGGGUUCUCUUUGCAAAUCUUGAGCGCUCCAUCAAACCCAAAUUCAAGCUUUUUCAGGAAUUGGGUUUUUCUUCUAGCGAUGUUGUGGAAACUGUUUUGUCUGACCCAAUGAUUCUAACUAGUAGCGUGGAUAAUCGGCUUGGCCCGACGAUUUUAGGAUUGAAGAGUGUUUUUGGUUCAAGUAUGAAAGUGUCUAGGGUUUUGAAGAAAUGUGCGAGGAUUUUGAGGUAUGAUUUGGCCAAUACUAUGAUACCCAAUAUUGAAUUUAUGAAAAGUUGUGGUAUUAGUUCGCUGCAAAUAGCUCAAUUUGUCUAUAGUACCCCAACAUUUUUCUUUUUUAAACCGACGAGUAUUAGAGAAUAUUUCAGGAGGGUUGAUGAGAUGGGCUUUGACAGGAAGUCUAAGAUGUUUCUUCAUGCUAUUCGGGCUAUUAGUACAAUGACUAUAGAGAAAUGGGAGUUGAAAUUGGAGCUCUUUAAAAGUUUGGGGUUUUCGGAAGAUGGCAUUUUGUCAGUUUUUAGGAAACAGCCUCAGGUGUUUGCUGUGUCAGAGAAGAAAAUUAAGGGGAUGACACAGUUUUUGCUUAGCACUGGCAAAUGUGAUAUCUCAUAUGUUGUUAAUAACCCAAUCAUACUUACUUACAGUGUUGAGAAUAGGCUCAAGCCACGGCUAAGAGUUCUGGAGGUUUUAGAAAGGAGGAAUUUGGUUCUAAAAAACCCUAGUUUGAGGACUUUAUGCUCGAUGACUGAUGAGAAGUUCUUGCAUAAUUAUGUACUCCCUUAUUCAGAUGAAGUUGGUGAAUUAUUGACAGCAAGGCCUCAUUGA